AUGUCUGCUCCCGCUGCCGAUCAUAACGCUGCCAAACCUAUUCCUCAUGUACCUCAAGCGUCCCGACGGUACAAAAAUUCAUACAAUGGAUUCGUAUACAAUAUACAUACAUGGCUGUAUGAUGUGUCUGUAUUUCUGUUUAAUAUUUUGUUCACUAUUUUCUUCAGAGAAAUUAAGGUACGUGGUGCAUAUAACGUUCCCGAAGUUGGGGUGCCAACCAUCCUUGUGUGUGCCCCUCAUGCAAAUCAGUUCAUCGACCCGGCUUUGGUAAUGUCGCAAACCCGUUUGCUGAAGACAUCAGCGGGAAAGUCCCGAUCCAGAAUGCCUUGUUUUGUUACUGCUGAGUCGAGUUUUAAGAAAAGAUUUAUCUCUUUCUUUGGUCACGCAAUGGGCGGUAUUCCCGUGCCUAGAAUUCAGGACAACUUGAAGCCAGUGGAUGAGAAUCUUGAGAUUUACGCUCCGGACUUGAAGAACCACCCGGAAAUCAUCAAGGGCCGCUCCAAGAACCCACAGACUACACCAGUGAACUUUACGAAAAGGUUUUCUGCCAAGUCCUUGCUUGGAUUGCCCGACUACUUAAGUAAUGCUCAAAUCAAGGAAAUCCCGGAUGAUGAAACGAUAAUCUUGUCCUCUCCAUUCAGAACAUCGAAAUCAAAAGUGGUGGAGCUCUUGACUAAUGGUACUAAUUUUAAAUAUGCAGAGAAAAUCGACAAUACGGAAACUUUCCAGAGUGUUUUUGAUCACUUGCAUACGAAGGGCUGUGUAGGUAUUUUCCCCGAGGGUGGUUCUCAUGACCGUCCUUCGUUACUACCCAUCAAGGCAGGUGUUGCCAUUAUGGCUCUGGGCGCAGUAGCCGCUGAUCCUACCAUGAAAGUUGCUGUUGUACCCUGUGGUUUGCAUUAUUUCCACAGAAAUAAAUUCAGAUCUAGAGCUGUUUUAGAAUACGGCGAACCUAUAGUGGUGGAUGGGAAAUAUGGCGAAAUGUAUAAGGACUCCCCACGUGAGACCGUUUCCAAACUACUAAAAAAGAUCACCAAUUCUUUGUUUUCUGUUACCGAAAAUGCUCCAGAUUACGAUACUUUGAUGGUCAUUCAGGCUGCCAGAAGACUAUAUCAACCGGUAAAAGUCAGGCUACCUUUGCCUGCCAUUGUAGAAAUCAACAGAAGGUUACUUUUCGGUUAUUCCAAGUUUAAAGAUGAUCCAAGAAUUAUUCACUUAAAAAAACUGGUAUAUGACUACAACAGGAAAUUAGAUUCAGUGGGUUUAAAAGACCAUCAGGUGAUGCAAUUAAAAACUACCAAAUUAGAAGCAUUGAGGUGCUUUGUAACUUUGAUCGUUCGAUUGAUUAAAUUUUCUGUCUUUGCUAUACUAUCGUUACCGGGUUCUAUUCUCUUCACUCCAAUUUUCAUUAUUUGUCGCGUAUACUCAGAAAAGAAGGCCAAAGAGGGUUUAAAGAAAUCAUUGGUUAAAAUUAAGGGUACCGAUUUGUUGGCCACAUGGAAACUUAUCGUGGCGUUAAUAUUGGCACCAAUUUUAUACGUUACUUACUCGAUCUUGUUGAUUAUUUUGGCAAGAAAACAACACUAUUGUCGCAUCUGGGUUCCUUCCAAUAACGCAUUCAUACAAUUUGUCUAUUUUUAUGCGUUAUUGGUUUUCACCACGUAUUCCUCUUUAAAGACCGGUGAAAUCGGUGUUGACCUUUUCAAAUCUUUAAGACCACUUUUUGUUUCUAUUGUUUACCCCGGUAAGAAGAUCGAAGAAAUCCAAACAACAAGAAAGAAUUUAAGUCUAGAGUUGACUGCUGUUUGUAACGAUUUAGGACCUUUGGUUUUCCCUGAUUACGAUAAAUUAGCGACUGAGAUAUUCUCUAAGAGAGACGGUUAUGAUGUCUCUUCUGAUGCAGAGUCUUCUAUAAGUCGUAUGAGUGUACAAUCUAGAAGCCGCUCUUCUUCUAUACAUUCUAUUGGCUCGCUAGCUUCUAACGCCCUAUCAAGAGUGAAUUCAAGAGGCUCGUUGACCGAUAUUCCAAUUUUUUCUGAUGCAAAGCAAGGUCAAUGGAAAAGUGAAGGUGAAACUAGUGAGGAUGAGGAUGAAUUUGAUGAGAAAAAUCCUGCCAUAGUACAAACCGCACGAAGUUCUGAUCUAAAUAAGGAAAACAGUCGCAACACAAAUAUAUCUUCGAAGAUUGCUUCGCUGGUAAGACAGAAAAGAGAACACGAAAAGAAAGAAUGA